AUGGAGUAUGCUGUCCGAUAUCAGCAUGAGAAACCCGGAGGCAAUUUGAAGCUUGCCGAUCACAUUCUCACCAACCAUCCUCUUGCUGGUGGAACCCAUCUUCCCGAUAUUACUAUUGUCACUCCAGUCUGGGAUGGCGAGGGCAAAAACAUUAUCUUCUAUGUUGCCUCCCGUGGUCACCAUGCUGAAAUCGACGGCAUCGCCCCGGGAUCUAUGCCUUCGAACAGCAAAAUACUUAGCACCCGCACAUAUAACGACAAUGUCUCGGAUUUGAAGGCUGCCAUUGCAGCAAAUCACAAGGGUGCACAGCUCCUGGAAGCUCUGGUGAUCGAGAACACAUUGGGAGUAGUCCACUUCUACAUGGACGCAAUCAAGUGCAACGCAGAGGUCGCCGUCCGUGAACUGCUCAAGUCCAUUAGCCACAAGAACAAGGGAGUUCCUCUCCGACUCUCUGACUUCAUGGACGAUGGUACCGAGAUCAAGCUGGAAAUCCGCAUCGAUUCUGAGCUUUGA